AUGAAGGAGAAUGAUCUUAAUAAUAUUAGUGCUUACAUCAAGGACCCACCAACCAAUGUGCAAGGAAAAUCGGCUGAUAGUGAUGACAUUAUGGUACAAACGAUACCCAAAAUCGAUGAAUUUACUAAAGAGUCUAUAAGUCUUACGCCAGCUCUUCUGCCAUUAGAAAUAGAAAUGCAACAGUCUAAGAAAUCACGUGAUUCAGUCUCUAAAACUAGUAGGUCUUCUUCUUAUUCAAGCAGAUCAUCAUCAACAUCCUCUUCCAGUUCCAGCAGCAGUUCUAGUAACAGUAAAACAAAUGACAAUUUCAUCAUAGAUGGGCCAUCAACAUCUAAGUUAACGGGUCAAGUUGCUAGCAGAAGUACAUCUGCAGCAAAAAAAGUUACCACUAGUCACCUGUCAAUUCAGAUGAAAGUGAUGUAG